UCGCUGGUGAAACGGGAGACGCUGUAUUACAAAUUAAGCGCUUCAGAUCUUACCACGCAUGCGCAUUCUGAACCUGGCACCGGAAGUACUUCAUCGUCGUCGGCGGACUACAAACGUUAGCAGGCGGCGAUUAACGGAGGAUUCAAUUUAAACAUAACUUAAACCACUAAAGUGCUUUAUUAAAACACGGAGACAGACUCUCCUCUGUGGCUGUGGCUCUAGACGGAGGGACUCUGUUUCUAUUCACCUUCCUACCGAGUCCCAGAGUCGAGUUUGCCUGGACUGUCGUUGUGAAAGAUGAGUGGUGGACCAGAGGCCAACAAGGAGUUUAUGGAGCAGCUGCGGAUGCAGGAACUCUACGGCCAGAGAACUGCCGACGGCUCCGACCCGUACACCUACACUGACCCCGAGGAUGGGACCGUGUAUGACUGGGACCAUGACAAGAAGGCCUGGUUCCCUAAAAUAACAGAGGACUUCAUUGCAGCCUACCAGGCCAACUAUGGUUUCACUAAGGAAGGAGAUCCAGAUGCCAACAGUGGUGCAGUGAGUAGCACCGAGCCAGCAGCUCCAGAACCAGACGGCAAGUCUUCAGGAAAGGAGAAAGCCGGAGAUGCCCCCCAGACCCCCCAGGCAGACCAGCCUGAGACCCCAGAUAAGGAAGCAAAGCAGAAAGGAGAGAAGAGGAAAGCAGAGGCAGGAUGGUUCGACAUCGAUGACAAUAAAAACACGAACGUCUACGUGUCAGGCCUUCCUCCUGACAUCAGCAAUGAGGAGUUUGUUGAGUUGAUGUCUAAGUGUGGCAUUGUGAUGCGGGACCCCAUCAGUGAAGAGUACAAGGUCAAACUCUACAAGGACAAAGAAGGGAAUCUAAAGGGAGACGGCCUCUGCUGCUACCUCAAGAAGGAGUCGGUGGCUUUGGCUUUGCGUCUGAUUGACGAUUCGGAGGUCAGAGGUUACAGACUCCACGUGGAAGCAGCGCGGUUUGAGCUAAAGGGCCAGUAUGACGCCACCAAGAAGAAGAAGAAGAGCAAAGAUUAUAGGAAGAGGAUGCAGCAGCAACAGAAACAGCUGGAUUGGAGGCCAGAGAAGAAAGGAGAACUGAGGAAGAGGCAUGAAAAAGUUGUCAUCAUUAGAAACAUGUUCCAUCCCAGUGACUUUGAGGAAGACCCACUGGUGCUCAAUGAGUAUCGUGACGAUCUGCGGACAGAGUGCGAGAAGUUUGGGGAGGUCAAGAAGGUCAUCCUCUUUGAUAGACACCCAGACGGCGUGGCGUCAGUCGCAUUUAAGGAGCCUGAGCAAGCAGAUGCAUGCAUUGAGUCGUUCAAUGGUCGCUGGUUUGGAGGAAGGCAGCUGUCUGCUCAGCUUUGGGAUGGAACGACAGACUAUCAGGUGGAAGAGACAACACGUGAGCGCGAGGAGCGGCUUAAAGGUUGGUCUACUUUCCUGGACGGAAGCAAUCCGGGGCAGCCGAACAACAACGCCAAGCCAGCAGAGGGCGCCACUACCACAGAACCCACAGAACCGUCCAGCACCACGGAGCCCGAACAGCCCCCAGAAACAGAACCACAGCGACAGGAGCAGGAAGCGACCUCUACAGACAGUAGCCUCGCAGGAAGCGAUGAUGAGGAAGCGUAGACUCUUACACACACAUCUUUGGUCCCCGUUGCAACCAAUUAGGACAGUCCUGCUCGAAGGUGAACUGUGGCGAAGCUCUGUGUUGAGCAGGCGUGGAGGAAGAGGAGAUCUGGACAGUUUGAGCUGUUUUGUAAUGUAGAAAAAUAAAAAUAUGAUUUUUGUCUACCUUAUUUUCAUCAUUUUACAUUGUAAUUAGACCAGCUGGUUAUACACAGCUUUUCUUUUAAUUUCAGUGUGUUUGUUUACAGUGUUGUGCUGAUAACUCUAAAAUGUUAAUGAAUUACAAAAGAUUACUGAGACUAAAACUGUGUUUGGUUUGAGUUUUAUAAGAUUGUUCAUCUUCAGUACUCAUUACACUUUAUUUUAAAUGCCA